AUGGUUGAGCUCCAACCGAUCUUCAAAAAGGCAUACUGGUCGCUUGCUGCAGGUGGCCUGGUAUACGUGCUUUUUGUGUGCUCUUUGACCUUUCCCGAUGUCCAGCGUUUCUUCCUCUAUGCGAAUAACCUGAACCCAACCCUGUGGCAAGAUGUGAAUCAGGUUGAGCAAUUUGGUUUUUUGAAUACCCAGGUUCAGCCCUUCAACCUGAAAACCCAGGAUAAUGAGACGUUGUAUGGCUGGCAUCUAUUGCCCUUGCAUCUCUGCUAUGAGAAUGAGCAGCAGCUAUUGGAGAAUCCGCCGUCUGGUCCAGCUGAAGAUUACACGCAAACUGUGGCCCAUAACCUCUUGGCCAACAACCCGAACGCCCGACUCGUGGUUUAUUUUCAUGGAAAUGCUGCUCAUCUUGCGUCGGCAUCGCGGCCUAAAAUCUUGAGUUCAUUGCUGGCUCUGUCCACCCCAUCUCACCCAAUCCACGUUUUCACCAUUGACUACCGUGGCUUCGGCAUCUCAACAGGAAGUCCGACGGAAGAAGGCGUGAUUACCGACAGCGUUUCACUUCUCAACUUCCUCACGGCAGGCCCUUACAAGAUCUCUCCAUCUCGCAUCGUUAUCGCGGGCCAGAGCUUGGGUACUGCUGUCACUGCCGCUGUGGCUGAACGCUUCGCAUUUGGAUCACCGGACCCAAAUGCCAUUCAGCCAGCAAUUAAAGAUGCCGAGCCAUUUGCGGGCGUUGUACUGCUUGCAGGAUUUAGUAAUGUGCCUAGCCUGAUCAAAUCCUACAGUAUCAAGGGCUUUACUCCACCCCUGCUCUCUCCACUCAUUGGAUACCCCAGCUUUCAGAAGUGGGUGAUUGGCCAUACGGCGGACUAUUGGCACACUGCAAAGAGAGUGGCUCGGUUGACUGGAAUCGACCCGGCGGAGCCUGACGCAUCUGGAUUGCAGUAUUCGCAGAAGGGAGUUGACCUUACCAUAAUUCAUGCUCUGAAUGAUUACGAGAUUCCGUGGUACGAAGGUGUACGUGUCUGGGCUGCUGCUACUGGAGAAACUGUCAAGGACGGCCCUGGCUCUCUUGUUUAUGAACAGAUUGAGCCCGGUCGUAACGCGGAGGUCAAGGUGUGGAACAAUAAAGUUCCUGGUAAGGAUGGGCAAGACGUUCUCAAGAAAGUGAGAUGGGAGCGGGUCAAAUAUGGUGGACAUAAUCAUGUUGCAGAGUUCUCGGCUGCUGGUAUUGCAGUUCUUCGCGCCUUCAACGAGUGA